UUAAUGCUCUUCGUGAUAUAGCUAAAGAGUUGCGUAAAACAGAUUGGAAUUUCAAUCAUAAUCCAUGUGAUAAUAGCACGUACUGGGUAACACCAAAAAGGAGUGAAAUGCCACUCUACAACAGUACUGUCUACUGCAAUUGCAAUUACAAUGGUGGUGAAUGUCAUGUCACUCAUAU